GCGCAUGCGUGUUUCGUGUCGGCUCCGGUCAUUCCGCCAUCUUUGUCGGCUACCCAUUGUUCACUCUGGAGCUAACAGCGGUGGUAAAUCAGUUCAUACUGCGCAAUAAAAUAACUUGACGGUGUCAAAGGCAGCUGCCCGCGACAGUCGUGGAUUUGCUCUCAGGGUCGCGACUUGUUCUCGGCCAGCAACUUCAACAGAAUGGACGAUGACCAGCCCAAAACCCUGUAUGUGGGGAAUCUGUCCAGGGAUGUGACAGAGGCCCUCAUCUUGGAGUUGUUUGGCCAGAUUGGACCCUGCAAGAGCUGUAAAAUGAUAGUAGAUACAGCAGGUCAUGAUCCUUACUGCUUUGUGGAGUUCUAUGAGCAUAGACAUGCCACUGCCACAAUUGCAGCCAUGAAUGGUCGGAAAAUUCUGGGUAAGGAAGUCAAGGUCAACUGGGCCACAACGCCAACCAGCCAAAAGAAAGACACAAGCAGUCACUUCCAUGUCUUUGUUGGAGAUCUAAGUCCUGAAAUAACCACAGAUGACAUAAAAGCAGCGUUUGCUCCUUUUGGGAAAAUAUCGGACUGUCGAGUGGUGAAAGACAUGGCCACAGGUAAAUCUAAAGGCUAUGGCUUUGUCUCCUUCUUCAACAAAUGGGAUGCAGAGAACGCCAUACAGCAGAUGGGAGGACAGUGGCUGGGAGGGAGGCAGAUUCGGACCAACUGGGCCACGAGGAAGCCUGCUCCGAAAACUGCAAAUGAAACAUCCAAUAGCAAGCAGCUAUCUUUUGAUGAGGUGGUCAACCAAUCCAGUCCCAGCAACUGCACCGUCUACUGUGGGGGAGUCACAAUGGGUCUCACAGAGCAAAUUAUGAGACAGACCUUCUCACCCUUUGGCCAAAUAAUGGAAAUACGUGUUUUCCCAGACAAAGGCUACUCAUUUGUGAGGUUCAGCUCCCAUGAAGCAGCAGCUCAUGCCAUCGUAUCUGUCAAUGGCACAUCCAUAGAGGGCUAUGUUGUGAAGUGUUACUGGGGCAAAGAAACAACAGACAUGGUUAGCCCCAUACAGCAGGUACAGAUGCCACAGCAGAACACGGUGAGCUUCGCAGCGCAGCCCUACAGUCAGUGGGGUCAGUGGUACAGCAACACGCAGCAGAUUGGUCAGUAUGUGCCCAAUGGAUGGCAGGUGCCGAGUUAUGGAGUCUAUGGACAGACCUGGGAUCAGCAGGGCUACAAUCAUUUACAUGCUGGUGCUGGAUGGACAGGCGUGGGCGCUGUGAGCAACGGGGGCAUGGUGGAGCCCGGGCAGGGAGUCAACGGGACUGUGCUAACCAACCAGGCUGGCAUGAGCACUGCUGGCUACCACACCCACUGAUCGCUGACCACAGUAGCCCUCCGUAAGCCUCCGCGGCCACAAGGAUGAUACUCUGCUGGGGGAAGGAGCGCAUUAGAUGUGCUCUCUCUGUUACCACACACAAGUUAUUCUGUUAGUGAGGCUGGUCUGCCAUUUUAUCAACCUUACCAGCCCAUAACCUCACCCACUGCCCAAAUCUGCAAGUGUAAAGAAAACAGUCCACUCCAGAACACUUCAACACUGUUCAAACAGCCAUUGCUAAUGCACCUUGCAUUCCUGGGCCCAUUUUAUUGUUUGGCGUAUUUUUGUAAUGCCUGCAGAUAACUGGCCAAAUGUAAAUAUACGACCGUGUCAAGACAUUUCUAGCACAGCCACAUUUUAGUUCAAAAGGAAGAAAUGUUCAGCAAAUGAAAUUUAAAGUAAAAACUCCAGGUUUUGUUUGUUUUCAGCCCCUCAGAGCCAAAGAGGAAAGGCAGGAUUUUAUACCAAUGUUAAACAAUUAGACAGGGAGCUGAGGCCACCGACCUUCAAGUCCAUAGUAAAGGGUGCGAUUUAUUUUUUUUUUAUUUCUCAAUUUGGAACCUCUUACUCUCACGGUUUUGGUCUGUCCACCUUUUACAGAAGUAAAAUACAAGUCCAAGCAAGUUCUCAGGGUGUUGUCAAGUCAUUCUGUGAAACGUAGGAAAUCACUGAGUAGAAGUAGGCAGGUUGAGGGGUAGCAGACAAACAAAACAGGUCAAAUUCAGCGCUCUUUCACUUCAUCUCCCCGGAACGGACUGAACAGACUGAGGAUCCAGUCUGUGGAUAAUGUGUGUAUGCUUGCGUGUGUGCAUGAACUCUGAUGCUUUUACACACACAAUGUCCAGUUCAUCACGUCCUGAAACAAAAAAAAAGGACUAUGCCAUCUUUUUUUUUUUUUUUUCUUCCUCAUCUUCAUCAAGUGUCAUCUUCCGUCUUUAAAAUGCUGACAUUGUAUAAAGAGCUUUUGCCUUUUUGUGUUUGAUUUCGGGACUGUCUUAUAAAGAAAUGUUGCAGUGACACCAUCGAAUCAUGUCACACGUGAGACCUUUUUAUGUUUGUUUAUAAACAUUACGUGGCUGUCAACUGUCAACUUUAUUUUUUAAAAUUAGAUUUUCAAUAUCUCAAAUAAACCAAUUGCAGGGAUUACUGCCACUCUUAUCUUACUUAUAGGCAGACAAAUAUUGCACAAAUACUUAAGGUUAUCUUUUCACAAAAUUUGAAAUACUAGGGUUUUUUUUUUUUUUAUGUUUUUGCAUUCCACGUUCUUUUGUAAUUUACUUUGGAAGUCUUUUUCAUGUAACAGUCUGCUCAAUUGUACUGAAUCUGUAUAAAGACAACAUGUUAAUUAAGCAAGACUGCUUGCUUCUGGUUGGAGUAAUGGAUCCCAGAAACAGCUCUCUGACAGUAGCAUCUCUGUCCAGUGCUGGUCCGUGUACAGUAGAGACAGUGCAACAUUUGAUUCUUCCAGAGGCUCUGAGGAUAAGCGGCAUUGCUAUGCAGAAGCCUUUCAAUUGACAAAUGAUACAUAAUAUAAGUUAUUCUGUUUUAAACCUAAAUAACAAUCAUUUUUAUAGAUGAAGAGAACAACCUAGAAUGUCGAGCUGCAACAAUAAUUCGAUCAAAAGAAGUGUAAUAACCAACUAUUUUGAUUAUCCAUUACUUGUUCAAGUCAGUUUUAAAGCAAACAUGUCAAACAUUUGCUGGUUUCAGCUUCUUAAACGUGAGGAUUUGCUGCUUUUGUUUGUCAUUUAUGACAGUAAAUGAAAAGUCUUUAGGUUUUGGACUGUUGGUUGAACAAAAGAAGCAAAGUGAAGACUUCAGUUUGGGCUCACUUUACAUUUUAUUGACUAAAUGAGUAAUCAUGAAAAUAAACGUUGGUUGCAGCUCUACUUCUAAGGAUCAGAUUUUUGCACUGUGGCCACCAUCAUUUUUAAUAUAGUUGGAAAAUCCAUUGUGUUGCCUUAUUAUCAGUGAGUUACUUUUAAUUUAACCAAAAAUCAUCUGAGAGUAGGCGGUGCCUAAGAAUGUUUUCAACCUAUGUUUUGGCAAGGGAAGUUCUGUUGAUGCUUACAUGGUUUGAGUUUUUGCUUUGUCCCAUUAAAAUGCUGAUGCUUAAAAGAUUCCUGGACAAA